AUGUCGCGCGUCUAUGAACCAACCGACCAUGUCGUCGAAAAAUCCCUCCUGCCCUCCUUCGAGCAAUACCAAAAUAUGCACAAAGAAUCGCUUGAAGACCCCGAGUCAUUCUGGUCAGAAUUAGCGAAUGAAUUCUAUUGGCAAACACCAUACCAGCGUGGAAAUAUCGUCUCUUACAAUUUUAAUGUAGACGAGGGGCGGAUUUUCGUAAGAUGGCUUGAAGGCUCCAGGACCAACAUCUGCUUCAACGUCUUGGACAGGAACGUCAGGAACGGCCUUGGCGAGAGAAUUGCAUUCUACUGGGAGGGUAACCACCCCGAGGAUUACAGCCGCAUAACAUACAUGAAGCUGAUGGACUUAGUUUGCCAAUUUGCCAAUGGACUUCGUGAGCGCGGGAUCGGCAAGGGAGACAGGGUCUCCAUCUACAUGCCGAUGAUUUUGGAGACUGUCGUGUGCAUGUUGGCCUGUGCUAGGAUUGGUGCAGUACACUCUGUGGUGUUCGCUGGAUUUUCAUCCGAUUCGCUGGCCGAGCGCAUGUCUGAUUGUAAAGCAAAAGCUAUAGUUACGGCAGACGGCGCGUGGCGAGGAGAGAAGCUGCUUGUCUUGAAGAACACGUGUGACGAGGCUAUUCAGAAAGCAAAGGAGAAGUACAACCACUACGUUGAUAUGUGCAUUGUGGUCCCCCAUUUGGAUAGAGUGACUCCAUGUGGGAAGAUCCCCGAUGACGUUAAGACCCUGUAUAAGUGGAACGAAGAUAUCGAUAUCUGGUGGCAUGAUAUCGUGGAGGGAAUGUCGACCAUCUGCCCACCAGAAUGGCUCACCCCUGACGACCCGCUGUUUAUGCUCUACACUAGUGGUUCUACUGGAAAACCGAAGGGUGUACUGCAUACAACUGCUGGGUACAUGCUGUAUGCCGCGGCGACAUUCCGCUACGUGUUCGACCACCGUGAGAAGGACAUCUACUGGUGCACGGCCGAUGUGGGCUGGAUCACCGGCCACACCUACGUAGUGUAUGCACCCAUGGCCAACGCUGCCACUUCUGUCAUGUUCGAAGGAACACCAUUUUUCCCUGACAAUGACCGCUUCUGGGCCGUCUGUGAGAAGUACAAGGUGACGCAAUUCUACACCGCACCUACUGCUAUCAGAGCUCUCACUAAGUUCGGAGACGAGAUGGUGAAAAGACACAACCUAGACUCAUUGCGCGUCUUGGGAAGUGUAGGAGAACCGAUUAAUCCCGAAGCUUGGCUGUGGUAUUACAACGUCGUUGGCCAAGGACGCUGCUCAAUUGUGGAUACCUUCUGGCAAACUGAGACCGGUGGUCACGUGUUGACUAGCCUGCCCGCUGCUACUCCGAUGAAACCAGGGGCCGCUGGCUUCCCAUUCUUUGGCGUCGAGCCGACCAUCAUUGACGAGAACGGCCGCGUCAUCGAAGGAGUCGGUGAAGGGUACUUGGUAUUCGCCCGCCCGUGGCCUGGCAUAAUGACCUCUCUGUACCAGGACCACAACCGCUACGAAGAUGUGUACUUCAGGAAGUUCCCGGGAUACUACUGCACCGGAGAUGGUGCUCGGAGGGAUGAGGAUGGCUUCUUGUGGGUAACCGGCCGUAUCGACGACAUGCUGAACGUGUCGGGACACCUGAUGUCCACUGCUGAGGUCGAAGGCGUCCUCACCGAGGACUCGAAUGUAGCUGAAGCAGCUGUGGUGUCUAAGCCUCAUCCAGUGAAAGGCGAAUCCCUUUAUUGUUUCGUGAUUUUAAACGAAGGUGCCAAAUUUGAUGCUGAUUUGAUCGACUCGUUGAAGAAACGCGUUCGUAGCAGGAUCGGAGCUUUUGCCGCCCCUGAUGUAAUCCAACAUGCUCCUGGACUACCAAAGACUAGGUCCGGCAAGAUAAUGCGCCGCAUCUUGCGCAAGAUAGCACAGGGCGACAAGAACGUCGGGGACACGUCCACGCUGGCUGAUCCUUCCAUCGUGGACAUGCUGUUCCUGACCCGUCGCUAG